AGCCUGCUAAACAAGUGUCCAGCUUCCACAAUGCCUGUGCAGGCAGCUCAGUGGACAGAAUUUCUGUCCUGCCCAAUCUGCUACAACGAGUUUGAUGAGAAUGUGCACAAACCCAUCAGCUUAGGUUGCUCUCACACUGUCUGUAAGACCUGCCUGAACAAGCUUCAUCGCAAGGCAUGUCCUUUUGACCAGACUGCCAUCAACACAGACAUCGAUGUGCUUCCUGUAAACUUUGCACUCCUCCAGUUAGUUGGAGCCCAGGUGCCCGAUCAUCAGACAGUAAAGUUGAGUAAUGUGGGAGAGAACAAGCAUUAUGAAGUAGCAAAGAAAUGUGUUGAGGAUUUGGCACUCUACUUGAAGCCAUUAAGUGGAGGAAAAGGUGUUGCAAGCUUGAAUCAGAGUGCACUGAGCCGUCCAAUGCAAAGGAAGCUUGUGACGCUGGUGAAUUGUCAGCUGGUGGAGGAGGAGGGUCGGGUUAGAGCUAUGAGAGCAGCUCGAUCACUUGGAGAGAGAACCGUUACAGAACUGAUCUUGCAGCACCAAAAUCCUCAGCAGCUUUCUGCCAACCUUUGGGCUGCUGUCAGGGCACGAGGGUGCCAGUUUCUAGGACCAGCUAUGCAAGAGGAGGCACUGAAACUUGUAUUACUGGCACUGGAAGAUGGCUCUGCACUCUCAAGAAAAGUUCUGGUACUUUUUGUUGUGCAAAGGCUAGAACCAAGAUUUCCUCAGGCCUCUAAAACGAGCAUUGGUCAUGUUGUGCAGCUACUGUAUAGGGCAUCAUGCUUUAAGGUCACUAAAAGGGAUGAAGAUUCUUCUCUGAUGCAACUUAAAGAAGAGUUUCGGAGUUAUGAGGCUUUGCGGAGAGAACAUGAUGCUCAAAUUGUUCACAUUGCCAUGGAAGCAGGACUCCGAAUCUCACCAGAACAAUGGUCUUCCCUUCUUUAUGGUGACUUGGCACAUAAAUCGCACAUGCAAUCCAUUAUUGACAAGCUCCAAUCUCCAGAGUCUUUUGCAAAGAGCGUACAGGAAUUGACAAUUGUCUUGCAGCGCACGGGGGAUCCUGCAAACUUAAAUAGGCUGAGGCCUCAUUUGGAGCUUCUGGCAAACAUAGAUCCAAAUCCAGAUGCAGCAUCUCCAACGUGGGAGCAGCUGGAAAAUGCAAUGGUUGCUGUAAAGACUGUGGUACAUGGGCUGGUGGAUUUCAUUCAGAAUUACAGUAGGAAAGGCCAUGAGACUCCACAGCCACAACCAAAUAGCAAAUACAAAACAAGUAUGUGCCGAGACCUUCGACAGCAAGGAGGAUGUCCAAGAGGAACAAACUGUACAUUUGCUCAUUCUCAGGAAGAGCUUGAAAAGUAUCGCUUGAGGAACAAAAAAAUCAGUGCAACAGUGAGAACAUUCCCCCUUCUAAAUAAAGUUGGCGUAAAUAGCACCGUCUCAACCACAACAGGAAACGUGAUUUCUGUCAUAGGCAGCCCUGAGGCAACAGGGAAGAUGGUGCCAAGUACUAAUGGAAUAGCUAGUCUAGAAAGUGGUGUUCCUCAGCUGAUCCCUCGCUGUGCGGACACCUCCCUGAGAGCUUUGGAGAACACCAAGAAGGGAGGGAAGACUGGAGCCAAUGGCCAGAGUGUUUCUGGAUCCCCUACAGAAUCACUACCUGAAAAUAAAAUUGGUUCUCCACCCAAGACUCCUGUAAGCCAGGCAGCAGCUACCUCAGCUGGUCCUCCUAAUAUUGGAACAGAAGUUAAUUCUGUGCCUCCAAAAUCCAGCCCGUUUGUUCCCAGAGUACCUGUCUACCCUCCACAUUCUGAUAAUGUUCAAUAUUUCCAAGACCCCAGAACUCAGCUGUCAUAUGAAGUUCCACAGUACCCGCAGACAGGAUAUUAUCCACCACCUCCAACAGUACCAGCUGGUGUGGCUCCCUGUGUUCCUCGCUUUGUGAGGUCCAAUAACGUUCCAGAAUCCUCCCUCCCACCUGCUUCCGUGCCAUAUGCCGAUCAUUACAGUACAUUUCCCCCUCGAGAUCGACUGAAUUCUCCUUACCAACCUCCUCCUCCGCAGCCGUAUGGACCAGUUCCUCCUGUCCCUUCUGGAAUGUAUGCUCCAGUUUAUGACAGCAGGCGCAUCUGGCGCCCGCAGAUGUACCCACGAGAUGAUAUUAUUAGGAGCAAUUCUUUACCUCCCAUGGAUGUGAUGCACUCAUCUGUCUAUCAGACUUCAUUACGUGAGAGAUACAACUCUCUGGAUGGGUAUUACUCUGUGGCUUGUCAACCUCCAAACGAGCAGAGGACUGUGCCUUUACCAAGGGAGCCUUGUGGUCAUUUGAAGACUGGUUAUGAUGAGCAGUUAAGACGGAAGCCGGAGCAAUGGGCACAGUACCACACGCAGAAAGCUCCUCUGGUAUCGUCAACCCUUCCUAUGGCAACACCAUCUCCAACUCCACCUUCUCCUCUCUUCAGCGUAGAUUUCAGCACAGAGUUCUCAGAGAGUGUCAGUGAUUUGAGUGGAACUAAAUUUGAGGAAGACCAUCUCUCUCACUAUUCACCGUGGUCUUGUGGCACUAUUGGCUCUUGUAUAAAUGCUAUCGACUCAGAGCCCAAGGAUGUGAUUGCCAAUUCAAAUGCCGUGUUAAUGGAUUUGGACAGUGGGGAUGUUAAAAGAAGAGUGCAUUUAUUUGAAACUCAGAGAAGGGCAAAGGAAGAAGAUCCUAUAAUCCCCUUUAGUGAUGGACCCAUCAUCUCCAAGUGGGGUGCAAUCUCCAGGUCAUCCCGCACGGGUUAUCACACAACGGAUCCUAUUCAGGCCACUGCUUCCCAAGGAAGUGCUACAAAGCCCAUCAGUGUAUCAGAUUAUGUCCCUUACGUCAAUGCUGUUGACUCACGAUGGAGUGCCUAUGGCUCAGAUUCUGCUUCAUCGGCACGUUACGCAGAACGGGACAGGUUCAUAGUUACCGAUUUGUCUGGUCACAGGAAGCAUUCCAGCACUGGAGACUUAUUGAGUAUUGAAUUACAGCAGGCCAAAAGUAACUCCUUAUUACUUCAGAGAGAGGCGAAUGCACUAGCCAUGCAACAGAAGUGGAAUUCUCUAGAUGAAGGCAGUCGCCUUACCUUAAAUCUUUUAAGCAAGGAAAUCGAUUUGAGGAAUGGUGAGGUAAAGAAAGGGGCUGAUUAUACUGAAGACUGUGCAGAUACAAAGCCAGACCGAGACAUUGAAUUGGAGCUGUCAGCCCUUGAUACAGAUGAACCUGAUGGGCAAGGUGAACAGAUAGAAGAGAUUCUGGAUAUACAGCUAGGUAUUAGUUCUCAAGAUGAUCAGCUACUCAAUGGAACAACUGUAGAGAACGGGCAUCCACUGAAGCAGCACCAGAAGGAAUCAAUGGAACAGAAGAGACAAAGUUUAGGUGAAGACCUUGUGAUUCUGGAGGAGCAGAAAACAAUCCUGCCCGUAACUUCUUGCUUCAGUCAGCCGAUCACAACAUCUGUUAGCAAUGCAAGCUGCCUGCCCAUCAGCACAUCAGUCAGUGUUGGCAGCCUCAUUUUGAAAACUGCUCACAUUAUGUCUGAGGAUAAAAAUGACUUUUUAAAGCCUGUUGCAAAUGGCAGGAUGGUUAACAGCUGA